GGCCGCGGUGCGACGUAAAUGGCUCAUCUCUGUAUCCGUCAAAGAGACAAGCCUCGGCGGAUAGAAAUGAUUGGACAUACAAGCCGUCAGACAACUGGACGUGCGUAAAACACAGCGCGGUCUGGGCAUAUCGAGGCUGCGCUAACAGCAAAAGAGGAGGUUCCCGAAUUGAGUCCUUUAUUUAUUUCUUUGUUUCCAGUGGGGGCAAAUAAUAACAGCGACGUACACCACAGGCACUUCAUUUAUUAUAUUUGUCCGUAUACACAAGAAAACUGGAUAAGAUUACAGUGGUUACUCGAAGGCCAAAGCCAAGGGGAGGAGGAUGAAGCGGCGCAAUGCGGACUGCACCAAACUCCGACGGCCGUUAAAACGGAACCGAAUCACUGAGGGUAUUUACGGCAGUACCUUCCUGUACCUGAAAUUCCUGGUAGUGUGGGCACUGGUGCUACUGGCAGACUUUGUUCUGGAGUUCAGGUUUGAGUACCUGUGGCCGUUCUGGCUCUUCAUCCGGAGUGUAUACGACUCCUUCAGAUACCAGGGGCUGGCCUUCUCAGUAUUCUUUGUGUGUGUGGCGUUUACCUCGGACAUCAUUUGCCUCCUAUUCAUCCCAGUGCAAUGGCUAUUCUUCGCUGCCAGUACUUAUGUCUGGGUGCAGUAUGUCUGGCACACAGAGAGAGGUGUGUGUCUCCCCACCGUGUCCCUGUGGAUACUCUUUGUGUACAUAGAGGCAGCCAUCAGAUUCAAAGACCUGAAGAAUUUCCACGUGGACUUGUGUCGUCCUUUUGCAGCACACUGCAUUGGUUACCCAGUGGUCACGCUGGGCUUCGGCUUCAAGAGCUACGUGAGCUAUAAGAUGCGCCUUCGGAAACAGAAGGAGGUCCAGAAAGAAAAUGAGUUUUACAUGCAGCUUCUGCAGCAGGCCCUGCCUCCAGAGCAGCAGAGGCAGGAGCGAGAAGCAGAAGAGGCAGCAGCAGCAGCAGCUAAAGGAAUAUCUGAAGUAGACACACCUCCUGUGUCACAGAAUGGCGCCCCAGCCAAUAAAAAGACAUCGGCAUCACUGCCGGAGUUGGAGUAUAGGGAAAAAGGGAAAGAGGGAAAGGGCGGCGGCGUGGAGGCUAAAAAGCAGCACAACAGCAUCCUGCCAUCAUCGGUGGACUCUAAACUCCAAGAGAUGGAGUACAUGGAGAACCAUAUAAACAACAAGAGACUGACCACAGAGCUGGGCAGCACAGAGAACCUGUUGCUUAAAGAGGACAACAAUUCCUCUUGCUCCUCCUCAUCCUCGUCCUCCUCCAAAAACUACAAAAACGCGAGCAGCAACGCCACGGCGCCCAACUGCUCGCCGCGGGGCCACAGCGCCACCAACGGGAGCGUGCCCUCCUCCUCUGCGCCGGCCUCUUCCUCGGGGAAGAAUGAGAAGAAGCACAAGCUGGUGCCGGGGAAGGGGACGACGGGCGGCCCCCACAGGGACCCCACGGACAACUGCAUCCCCAACAACCAGCUGAGCAAGCCGGAGGCACUAGUAAGAUUGGAGCAGGAUGUUAAAAAGUUGAAGGCAGACCUGCAGGCCAGCCGGCAGGUAGAACAGGACCUGCGCAGUCAGAUCGGCUCGCUGGGCAGCGCCGAGCGCACCAUCCGCACAGAGCUGGGCCAACUGCGCCAGGAGAACGAGCUGCUGCAGAACAAGCUCCAUAACGCUGUGCAGGCCAAGCAAAAGGACAAACAGGCGGUGGGCCAGCUGGAGAAGAGGCUCAAAGCGGAGCAGGAGGCUCGAGGCACCGCCGAGAAGCAGCUCGCAGACGAAAAGAAGCGAAAGAAGCUGGAGGAGGCCACGGCAGCCAGAGCAGUAGCACUAGCAGCAGCAUCCAGAGGGGAGUGCACAGACACGCUGCGGCGACGAAUCGGCGAAUUAGAAACCGAGUGUAAGAAGCUAACAUUGGACAUCAAGCUAAAGGAGGACCAGAUCAGAGAGCUUGAAUUGAAAGUUCAGGAGCUUCAUAAAUACAAGGAGAAUGAAAAAGACACAGACGUGCUGAUGUCGGCGCUGUCAGCCAUGCAGGACAAGACGCAGCACCUGGAGAACAGUCUGAGUGCAGAGACCAGGAUCAAACUGGACCUCUUUUCUGCGCUGGGAGACGCCAAGAGGCAGCUGGAGAUUGCACAAGGUCAGACCCUGCAGAAGGACCAGGAAAUAAAAGAUCUAAAGCAGAAGAUAGCCGAAGUGAUGGCCGUCAUGCCCAGCAUCUCCUACACGGCCGACAGCAGCAGCAUGGCCCCCGUGGCCCCCCACUACUCCUCCAAGUUCAUGGACACCAAUUCCUCCGGCCUGGACCCCAACGCCUCCGUUUACCAGCCGCUCAAAAAGUGAACACUUCAUCACUUCCCUCCAUCCUCUUUUAUCCCCCCCUCCCCCCCACCUGCAGAGCCGCUCGGCACGCCUGCAGCUGAGAACGUUGUUGCUC